GUAACUUUCUACAGCAGAGGCCGCACACAUGUUUCUCUACAGAUCAUCAGCCCUUGUCUUCUUCUGUGUAACUCCUUUAUUCUCUAUAUUACAGAGACAUCAAACCCCGUAACAUCUUAUUGGAUCACCAAGGCCACAUCAGAAUCUCAGACUUCGGCUUGGCUGUACAAAACGUCUACAAAGGUGAUACCAUCACAGGCCGAGCCGGAACUACAUCAUACAUGGCCCCAGAGAUUCUGCAAGAAAAACCUUACAAUGCAGCAGUCGACUGGUGGUCCUGUGGCAUCACCAUCUGCAAAAUAGCCUCCGGAGAGAACCCUUUUUACAGGUUUACCAAACAGGAGUUCAUUGAUUCGAUCAUCAACGAUGAGCCUGAAAUACCAAAGUGGCUGGAUGAUGAUUUAAUACAUCUGCUGAAAAAGGUGGGUAGCAACAGAGGGACAGAGAUAUAGGGGCAGUUUUACUAAAGGGUGAAGUGACUAACGUUAGCGAAAAUUCGGCCAGCG